AUGUCGGCACAGCCGGACGCGUCGUGGAUGGGCCAGCAGAGCCAGCGGCCAGGGGACAACUCGAAGGCACCUUUGUCCAUUUUCUCCCUCUCUCCCACCCCCACCUCUUCACCAUCUCUGGCGUAUCCCGGCAGACUCGUCUCUGUCGAGCCCCAUUCACCCAGCAGCGCAUCCACAGCGCUUUCGGCAGGCAGGUCCUCCGACAGGGCCCAACAUCCACACCCACUUGACCAACAUCCUCCAACUCGCUCUCCCUCCAACCCUCAUCGUGGCGCAGGCCGUCCUCUCAACAUGAUCUCCCUCCUGCAUCUGCUCUCCUAUGUGGGGGCUCUGACCGCUUUUGUCUUUGUGACUCUGUCGCUCGCGAGCGGCCUCCUCUGGAUUGCAGAGCUUAUCGAGGAACAGUCGCGCCUGGCAAAGGUCGUGGGCGUGCGAGCAAUUUACGUCAUUAUCGUGCUGCACGCGCUCCUCUACGUCACCGAUGCCCUCCCCUUUGGCCACACCGUGUUCUCAAUUUUCUGCCACCUGGUGUACCUGCAACACUUUUCACACUCGUGGCCGUUCAUCUCCUUGACGUCGCCAGUCUUCAUCCUCUCGUGUGUGCUCGUCGUCGUGGACCACUUUAUCUGGUUCUUCCACUUUGCCGCCAUUGCCCAAGAGGCCAAAAAGUACCGUGCCGCAAAGUACCGCUACUCGCACCAGCCCACCAUUAUCAGGAAUGCCCCCUCGUUCAUGGACGUCGCGGCCUUCUUCGCCAUUUGUGUCUGGUUCAUCCCCUUGUUCCUCUUCCUCAGCCUGAGCGCAAACGACAACGUGAUCCCUUCCUUUGACACGUCUGCGCCCCCGUCGCCCAUGGGUGCAACGAUCGAUCUGUCGGGCACACCCCAAGCCAGUGCUCCCCGCUCGCGCAGGUCGGUGGCCUCGUCGUCGUUGAUGAAGGCGGUCCUGGCGCCAGUCAUGGGCUUUAUCCCGCGUCUUGGUCGCCGACGAACCGCCGACGGUCUCAUUGCGCCUCAGCGUUCCUCCAGCCCUCUGCCCUCUUCUACAUUGGCAACGGAAGGGUACAGCCCAUGGGGAUCAGAGUACUCGGCGUCCACGCCUCCGCCACCGAUGUACUCGUCGACUUCGGCGCUGGGCCUCGGACCUGAGGGCAGCGGUAGCGGUACCCGCGGCGCCGGCGCGUUCACGCCUCCCCCGCUUCGUCGCCCCACUUCGACCCCGCCGAAAUCGAGGAGCAACAGCGUGAUGCAGGAGGCGCAGGACGAAGGAGCGAGCUCGCAGCUCCGGACACCAACAAAUGCCGGUGGCCGCCGUCCGCCUAUGAGGAGGCAGACUUUGGGUACCGAUCGUACGGACGAUGGUGGUAGAAAGGACGAUUAA